AUGGCCUCCGUACCACCAGAACUCCUACAUCUCAUUGUCUCGCAAGCCGCCCUCUCAUAUGUGUACUAUCCCAAGAAAGGCGAGGUCAAAAAGGACCUUGGCACCCUCAGAUCCUUACGCCUUGCCAAUCGGAAGCUCUCCAAGGUGGCAUCCGAGUAUCUGUUUGAAGAGCUCACUCUCUAUUCUACGGAAGCUAGCCAUGCCAAAAUGAUGGCCGUUGCCCAUCAUCCUACCUACAGUGCUUACGUUCGAUCGAUUGGAAUUUCUCAAAAAGCCAUCUUUGGACCUUUCUUGGACAGAUACGCGUUUGGGCAAUGGUUCCAUCAAGCAAGGCCUCUAGUCAUGUGUGAUGGCUUACCCAAAGGUUACUUCUAUGUACCACAUCGCAUGGCGUACCUACCCACGAAAGAAGCCCGUGUAAUCGACUUCCAUCAUGCGGAAUACACAUCCCUCUACAAGAAGCAAGAACAACUGUUCGACAAGGCUGGAGAUCUCUUGAAGACUGCCAUCGGUUGCUUUUCACACCUAGAACUAGUGGAACCGUCUGUGCGUACACCUCGCACAACAUAUCCCGUACCCUCUACCGACGACGCCUUCAUCAGUGAUCUGUGGCAAGACAGCGCAUGCUAUUACGAAUACGAUCUCGAACAUUCAGCCAUGAUCCUGACAGCUCUAUAUCAAGGUAGAUCACUCGCUGCGACCCAGAUCAACAUCAGCGAACUAUUCUACAAGAUGGACACCAUGGUAAUGGAUCUUCCGGACCCUGUCGCUUCUGGAGAAAUUCAAAAACUCGUUGCCGAUGCGAAGAAAGUGAACCUCUCCAUCCAGACUUCUGACUAUGCCGGAUUGCAAAAACUCCUCAACACAAGCAAAUGCGAGAAGUUCCUAGGUUUGAUGAAGAACCUUGAGUCACUUGCAUGUUCGACAUACGAGCUUCAGGGUUCUCCGCUUCCAUACCCACUACUCUUUGACAUCUUUGGUCAUAAUACAUGGGAACAUCUCCAUUGCCUAGACCUCGGUCUGUUUCGCACCCCUGCCAUCAAGCUUGCCAAGCUUCUCGGCCGUCACAGUUCCACUUUGGAAAAGCUUACCUUGCAGCAUAUCCUGCUUUCUCAAGGGUCCUGGUUUGACAUUUUCAUCAACCUCCGACACGGUGCGCUACGCGUUGUUCAGCUCCACCAUCUCGGCUGCGGAAAUGAGACCGACGAAUUCUUUGACGACGUUGACGCACUUGAAUUGAGGCCGAUACCGUCCUCACACCCGCUCUUCGCCUUUUUGUUUCGAGGGGCGUCGUGGGUACCAUACAUGGAGAAGGUGCUGGAAGGGUCAGAGUUAGAUUCGGAGGGUAGUCGUCCAGAUUCGGAGGGUAGCCGUCCAGAUGCUACUGAUUGGGAGGACAUGGACUCCGAGGACGACGUAGAUUGA